GUUUGUUUUUCUGGUCUUGGAGGUAAAUGUGCAUGCUGAAUGGCCGGAGCACAGCCCGGGGUUCACGCGCUGCAGCUCAAGCCGGUGUGCGUGCCGGAGAGUCUGAAGAAAGGCAGCAGGUUUAUGAAAUGGGACGAGGACUCGUCUACAGUGACCCCAGUGACCUUACGUGUGGAUCCUCAGGGAUACUUUCUCUACUGGACAGAUCAGAACAAGGAAACUGAUCUGUUGGACAUCACCUAUAUCAAGGAUGCAAGAACUGGAAAAUGUACUAAAACACUGAAGGAAGCCAAAAUGCGAGAGUUACUUGAAGUUGGGAAUCUGGUGGGGCGGAUAGAACACAAGAUGCUGACUGUGGUCACAGGUCCAGACAUGGUCAACAUUACAUACCUAAACUUCAUGGCCUUUCAAGAGGAAGUGGCAAAGGAGUGGGCAGAGGAGCUGUUUAGUCUGGCAUCCAACCUGCUGGCUCAGAACAUGAAUCGAGAGUCCAGCCUGGAAAAAGCAUACACAAGACUUAAACUGCAGCCAAACCAAGAAGGACGUAUUCCUGUUAAAAACAUAUUUCGCGUGUUUUCGACUGACAGGAAGCGCAUAGAGACAGCACUGGAGAGCUGUAAUCUUCCAUCAGGCAGGAAUGAUUCCAUUCCCCUGGAGGACCUAACUCCUGAGCUUUACAAAUCCUUCAUUGCCAAUCUCUGUCCCAGACCUGAAAUCAACCAAAUCUUUGCAGAUCUAGGAGCUAAAGGCAAGAACUAUCUAAACAUGGAGCAGAUGACUGAGUUCAUUAACAAUAAGCAGAGGGAUCCUCGUCUAAAUGAAAUCCUGUAUCCUCCACUGAAGACAGAACAAACACAGCUGCUUAUGGAGAAAUUUGAGCCCAACCCGAGCAUGAGUGAAAAAGGGCAGAUUUCAGUCGAGGGAUUCUCCAGGUAUUUAGUUAGUGAUGAGAAUGGUGUACUACCACCUGAGAAACUGGACCAGAGUGAAGACAUGACCUUCCCUCUUUCACACUACUUCAUCAACUCAUCUCAUAACACAUAUCUCACAGCGGGGCAGCUAGCAGGAAACUCCUCAGUGGAGAUGUAUAGGCAGGUGCUGCUGUCUGGCUGUCGCUGUGUGGAACUGGACUGCUGGAAAGGCCGUACCGCUGAAGAAGAGCCUGUUAUCACACAUGGCUUCACCAUGACCUCUGAGAUCUCCUUUAAGGAAGUAAUUGAGGCCAUUGCUGAAUGUGCUUUUAAAACGUCUCCUUUCCCCAUCAUCCUGUCUUUUGAGAAUCAUGUGGACUCUCCGAAACAACAAGCCAAGAUGGCAGAAUAUUGCAGAUCGAUUUUUGGAGAUGCCCUUUUAACUGAGCCUCUUGAGAAAUAUCCACUUGAGUCAGGGGUUCCACUGCCCAGUCCACAGGAACUCAUUGGAAAGAUCCUUAUCAAGAACAAAAAGUCUCACCCCAAACCACCUGACGGGAGCACAAAGAAGAAGCUGUCAGAGCAAGCUUCAAACACCAACAGUGACUCCUCUAGUGUGUUUGAGCCAUCUUCACCCAGCGCUGGACCUGCAGCUCCCGCAGAGGUAGAAGCAGAUGAUGAUGAAGAAGAUGAUGAUGACGAUGAUGACUGUAAGAAGUCCAUGGAUGAGGGCACAGCAGGAUCUGAGGCUUUUGCGACUGAAGAAAUGUCCACUCUAGUUAAUUACAUCCAACCCACUAAGUUCCACUCCUUUGAGACUUCCAAAAAAGUCUCCCGUAGUUAUCAGAUGUCAUCAUUUGUGGAGACAAAGGCCCUGGAGCAGCUAACCAAGACUCCUGUGGAGUUUGUGGAAUACAACAAGCUUCAGCUAAGCAGAAUUUAUCCCAAGGGCACUCGAGUCGAUUCCUCCAACUACAUGCCACAAGUGUUUUGGAAUGCAGGCUGCCAGCUGGUGGCACUAAACUUUCAGACAAUAGAUCUGUCCAUGCAGCUGAACUUGGGCAUGUAUGAGUAUAAUGGGAAGAGUGGCUACAGGCUUAAACCCGAGUUCAUGAGGCGACCAGAUAAGCAUUUUGACCCCUUCACAGAAAGCACUGUGGAUGGUAUUGUAGCCAAUACUUUAUCAAUAAAGAUCAUAUCAGGACAGUUCCUUACCGAUAAGAAGGUGGGGGUGUAUGUGGAGAUUGACAUGUUUGGCCUCCCGGUUGACACAAGACGGAAAGCAUUUAAGACAAAGACAUCGCAGAACAAUGCGAUCAAUCCUGUGUGGGAUGAAGAGCCGAUUGUUUUUAAAAAGGUGGUUCUGCCUACUCUUGCCUCAAUUAGAAUAGCUGUAUUUGAGGAGGGUGGAAAGUUCAUAGGUCAUCGAAUAAUUCCAGUAUCGGCCAUUCGUCCAGGUUACCGGUAUAUUGGACUGAGAAAUGAGAAAAACCAGCCUCUCAAUCUUCCUGCUCUAUUUGUGUAUAUUGAAGUGAAAGAUUAUGUGCCAGACACCUUUGCAGAUGUCAUAGAGGCCCUGUCUAACCCCAUUAGAUACGUCAACUUAAUGGAGCAGAGAUCCAAGCAGCUGGCUGCACUGACAUUAGAAGAAGGGGAGGAGGAGAAAGAUGCCAAAGAGGCUGAGUCAGGUGUUGAGCAGGCUUCAGAGGCAAAGAGUGAGCCUAAGCCUGCACCUGUGGAGAACGGCCUGAGUCACGCUCUGAGUGCGACGCCGAAACCAGCGUCACAGCUCAAUACACAGCCUCAGUCCACAGGCACAGCUAAGUCUGCAGCGAAGGCUGAAGAUCUUAUACACAGUGUCCUCACUGAGAUGGAAGCUCACACAUUAGAGGAGCUAAAGCAACAGAAGGUGUUUGUCCGGGAGCAGAGAAGACAUUACAAAGAAAUGAAGGAGCUGGUGAAGAAGCAUCACAAAAAAACCACAGAACUGAUCAAGGAGCAUACAGCCAAGUACAACGAGUUCCAGCAUGACUACCUCCGCAGACGAGCUGUGCUGCAAAAAUCUGCAAAACGAGAUGGUAAGAAGAGGUGUCUGUCUUCCAGUCCGGAGCACGGAGCCUCGUUUUUUGAGCAAGAGCUAGCAACUCUGGACCAGGAGAGUGGGCAGAAACUGUCUGAGCUUAAACAGCAGCAGCAGCAGCAGCUCCUGAACCUCCGUCAGGAACAGUACUACAGUGAAAAGUACCUGAAAAAAGAACACAUCAAGCAGCUAAUGGAGAAACUAACCCUGCUUACUGAGGAGAGUCAAAGCAGCCAAAUGAAGAAACUAAAAGACUUGUGUGAAAAAGAAAAGAAAGAACUGAAAAAGAGAAUGGACAAGAAAAGGCAGGAGAAGCUGAAUGAAGCCAAAUCAAAAGAGAAACACUUGACAGAGGAGGAAAAGUUGGAGAUCAACAGGUCGUAUGUUAAUGAAGUGGUACAACAUAUUAAAAGGCUGGAAGACGCUCAAACCAAACGACAUGAAAAGCUUGCAGAGAACCAUAAGAACAUUCUUCAACAAAUAAUUGAAGAAAAACCAAAGCUUCAGAACGAACUGGAUCAGGAGUAUCAGGACAAGUUUCGUCGGCUGCCAGUGGAGAUCCAGGAGUUUGUGCAGGAGACCACAAAGCGAAAGACUGACGGGAACGAUCAAGAGUCCCUGCCUUCUUCUAGCACACUGGAGAAACUCAGCCAUAAGGGAGCGCAGUCUGAGGACGAUAUGGAGGACGAGAAGAAAGACUAACAGAGUGACGCAUUAAGAAUUCCACUAUGUUACAGGCACUCUUCCUAAUUCAUUUUGCCAUCGAUAAGUGUUUAUUUAUUUAUUUAUUUAUUUAUUUAUUAAGUUUUGACAUCUUUGUCACUAACACGUUCCAAAGAAUGUCUGUGGGUGGAGGAUAAAAGGGAUAACAGGCAAGAAAUCACUUAGAACAAUUGAAACACAUCAACCAUUUGUUUAUUAUGUGUGCAAUUUACUGAGUUCUCAAAAUAGUACUAAUUGGAUUUUUUUUGAGUCAAAUGCAUUUUACAUGAUAUUUAGUUUAGCUGUAGUUAUGGUUAAUGGUGUGUUGCACAUGAUUCACAAUCCCUAGCAUAUGUCUAUGGCCAGUAAAUAAUCAUCUUGAAUAAUGUUUGUUUGUUUGUUUGUGUGUGUGUGUGUGUGUGUGUGUGUGUGUGUGUGUGUGUGUGUGCGUGUGCGUGUACGUGCGUGUGAGUGUGAGAUAUGGGCAUGCAGGGGCAGGUACCAUAUACUGUAGCUUUAAUUUAGCAUUUUUUUUAUAGUACCUGGAAUUAAUUUAAAAUAUUAUUAAUUAUUAAUAUUUUGAAUUUAAUUAUUUAAUUAUUAAUAUUAUUGUAAGCACAGAUGGCUUGCAAUUAAUAAAAUGUUAUAUUUUUUCUUAUUAUUUGCUGCUGACAUUGUUUUAUUUUAUUUUAUCUAAGAUUAAUCUGCAGAAGAGUAUAGAAGUAACCAUUUUUCAGAAAUGCAUGAAAAGGUGCAUCUGCAAUCAGUUUGUGCAUUUUGUAAAUUCAACUGUAUAACUUAUUAUGUGAUGUAAUUAGUGUUAAGACAUUCUUUUUUUUGUUGUUGUCUUUUUACAUAUUUCACACAGAUUUAACUGUUUUUUUCCCAAUUAUUUAUUUUACUAAGAAGCCAAUUUACGACCAAUUAUUGUUAAUGCAUUCCUUUUCUAUUUCAUUAUAUGCUAAAUUAUUAUAGUGCUUUUUUUUUUUGCUAAAUAUAUACAGUAUUAUAUCAGAUUUACCUAUUUAGUAAUGAGGUAAUGAAGUCAAGAUAUUGAUAUCUUAAUGCAGAAGGGGAGAACUAUGGAAAUGCACUUUGGAGAUCAUGAGGUAUUUGUAUUAUUAUGCAAUCUUUUUACUAGAGGGAGAUUCCUCUUUCAGUAUGUUUCCAUUUCCAUCGGUUGACCAUAGGAUGUGAAGCAUGGAUUCAGUGAUGCCAAGUGAAGUAUUGUGAUGAUUUUGUUCCAAAAUAUGCUUCCCCAUACUUCCUCUGUUGCUCUGAUUAAAGCAUGUCUGUCCUUUUCACUCUCUAUUUAUAUAGGUUUGUUACAUUAAGGUUAGAGCUAGGUUUUAAUUUAAGUGGUGACUUAAUUCUUACAAUCAUGUAUGUGUGUUAAUUAUAUCCAUGCUCUGUAUUUAUUGCAAUAUAUGACUGCUAUGGACCACUACAUUAAAGUGCCAAACAAUUGCCUAUUACAGACAGGUUCUAACAUGAACCCUCAAACCCAUUUUGAUCUCUUGACUAACAGUUUAAUUUCAUAAUGUAUACAGUAUGAUGAUCCAGUUUCAUUUGUCAUUCAGUUGUCAUUAGAUGCAAUGCAAUAUGUUAAAAACUAUGGCAAAAAACUCCAUGGUUGUAUUGCUGCAUCUAUAAAUGCUAUUAAACCAGUAUUUAAAUCUGAUUUAAGUUAUUGUCCAUGUGUUUACACAUAGGAACCAUUUUAUUGGAUUACAUCAUAUGAUUUUUUUGUACACAAUGACUCUGUGCUGUUGUUUUAUUUUAUUUGACCAAACUGUUUUUUUGUUUGUUUUUGUUUUUUUUUGCAAUGUAAAAUUACUUGAAAUACUUUUAUGACUGGACUAAUUUUUGAUCGUUUUGAAGUGAUGUUCUGUGCCUUUGAAUGUUCUCAGUGUUAGAUGUGGAAUGUAAAAUGUUGAUGUAUAGAGCUCUUCUUUUUGUAUAAACUGUGCACGCACUUUUUAAAUGUUUAUACUAAAGAUUUACUUUAAAAUUCUUUAAAUGGCAAACUAUUGACUGUGUGUUCUAUUGAGUGCCACUUUAAUUAUUUCUAACAUCAAUUCCAUUCAACAAACAGACAUCAUUUGGAAAGCAAAUAUUUACUAACAUUUGAUUUCAUCGAACUGUAUUAUUGGUACUAUAGUAUCUGCAUCUUUAAAAGAUGAAUAAUGAAUGUAAGUUGUGCUUGUGCUGUGCAAUGGUUUUAAUAAAACAUUUUUGUGAAAUGUG